AUGCCCCGAGACAAUAUGGCCUCCCUGAUCCAACGGAUCGCCCGCCAGGCGUGCCUCACCUUCCGGGGCAGCGGGCGCGGCCGCAGCGCUUCCGACCGCGGUGCGGCGCCAGGCCCGGAGGCGGCGAUGCCGCCGGGCUUCCCGGAAAACCUGAGCAAACUGAAGAGCCUGCUGACCCAGGUUCGCGCCGAGGAUCUGAACAUCGCCCCACGCAAGGCCACGCUGCAACCACUGCCGCCCAACCUGCCACCAGUCACCUACAUGCACAUCUAUGAGACCGACGGGUUCAGCCUCGGCGUGUUCCUACUCAAGAAUGGCACGUCCAUCCCGCUGCACGACCAUCCAGGCAUGCACGGCAUGCUUAAGGUUCUCUACGGCACUGUGCGCAUCAGCUGCAUGGACAAGCUGGAGGCGGGCAGUGGGCAAAGGCCGCGGGCCCCUCUGCCUGAGCAGCAGUUCGAGCCGCCGCUGCAGGCUCAAGAGCGGGAUGCCGUUCGGCCAGGCGUAAUGCGCUCGCGGGCCGAGUACACUGAGGCCAGCGGACCCUGCGUCCUCACCCCUCACCGGGACAACCUGCACCAGAUCGACGCAGUGGACGGCCCCGCCGCCUUCCUGGACAUCCUGGCCCCGCCCUACGACCCCGACGACGGCCGAGACUGCCAUUAUUACCGAGUGCUGGAGCCCGUCGGGCCCAAGGAGGCCUCCGGCUCGGCUUGUGACCUGCCCCGAGAGGUAUGGCUCCUGGAGACCCCGCAGGCUGAUGACUUCUGGUGCGAGGGGGAACCUUAUCCAGGUCCCAAGGUCUUCCCUUGA